CCACAAGCACACCCGCAUCGCACCUGCCCGCACUGCACUGUCCCUGCGUCGCAGCUGCAGGCGCGCUCGCACCCGCCGCCUCACACCGCGCCCACACGCCGACAGCUCUGUGCCUUGCCUGUCCAGCGUCGCUGCAAGAGCCGCGCCUGGCGCCAUGCCGCCGCCCGCCGGCGCCGCCGCGGCCGAGCAGCGGCAGCGGCAGCGCGCCUUUGCGCAGCUCCUCGACGCCACCGACGUGCUGCCGGGACAUGCCGUCGCCGACGUGUACCAGCUGCGCCAGCUGUGCCGCCAGCCCGGCGGCGUGCCCGCCGACGCCCCCUGGCUGCGCGCGCAUGCCUGGCGCGUGCUGCUGGCGCAGCUGCCGCCCGAGAAGCGCGAGUGGCCCGCGGCGAUGGCGCGCAGCCGCGCAGAGUACUACAGCUUCGUGGCUACGACGUCUGAAUCGCAAGAAGGGCCUGGUGCCGCGGGCGGCACCACGCCCGCCGAGCGAGACGCACUGCUGGAGCAGAUCUGGCGCGACCUCUCGCGCUCUCGUCGCAACGCCUUUGCUUUCUACCGCGCGCCCGUGCCGGCAUCGUAUGCCUGCCCACUUGCGCCCGAGCCAGAGGCCUCGUCGAGCACGGCGCAGCCAGUGCCGCGCACAAAGGGCCGUCAUGCUCUGCUCGAGCGCCUGCGCGACAUCAACACGGACUACGCGCUCUCGCUUGUGGCGGAAGACGACCCGAGCGCCACGCGACCGAUCAUUCGGACAGAAGCGCCGAGCGCCGAGGCUUCCGCUGCGGCAGGACCGACUGGUGCUCCCUCGGUUGCAUUGCGACGCCAGCUGUCGGUGGACCCCGCGUAUGAGAGCGCAACGUCGUCGCCGCCCAUCUUCCUCGAGCCUCCCAGCCCGCAAGGGCGGCGCGGCUCCAACUCCGGCCUGUCGGACGCGAGCGAGGGCGAAGUCGACUUUGCCAGCGCAGACGAGGGCGACUCGGAGGGUCAUCGCCGUGCCCUGGAUCAGGCUGCUGCACUGCUGAGCGGCCAGCGCACAGCUUUACCCGCACCACUGCCGAUCGUCGAUCGCCAGUGGCAUUCGCUGCUUCGCAUCCUGUUCGUAUAUGCGACACUGCAUCCUUCAACCGGCUACGUGCAGGGCAUGGGCGAGACAGCUUUCGUCCUGCUGUACGUGCUCGGCACCGCCGGUCGCGCGCCGCAGGCGAGCAGUUCGUCUCGCGACGAGCCGGCAAGCGCAUACCGAGAUCAUGAGCUGGACCCGCCUGCCUGUCAUGCAGAGGCAGACGCGUUCUGGCUCUUCUCCAAUCUUCUCGGCCAGGUGCGCGAACUGUACGAGUUCGAAGGCCUAGACUACGACGCUGCUGGACUACGCGUGCGCAACGGCCUGGAACAGGCCAUGCCUGUGCGUCCGCGCACGGAUCUGGGAGGCAUGGCUACAGCACUGCUGCGCACGAGCCUGCGGCUGCGAUGGCUAGACGAGGAGCUGUGGCGCGCGUUGUCCGUGAGCGGCCUUGACCCUAGGCUGCCGUACUACUCGUUCCGGUGGCUCGCAUGCCUGCUCAGCACGGAGCUCGCGCUGCCGUCCAUGGUGCAGAUCUGGGACGCUCUGCUGGCCGAGUCGUCCGAGCCAAGCGAGGUCUCUGCAAGCCCCAAGAUCGACUUCAUGAUCGACCUAUGCUGCGCGCUGCUCGUCUCGCAGCGCGCGCGGCUCCUCGCAGCUCUGCUUGCGCCGCCGGAGAACUCUGACGCGUUCGCCGAGGGCAUGAAGGUGCUGCAGAACUUCGAGGAGAUCGAGGUUGCGCCGGUGCUGGAGCAGGCGAAUCUCUUCCGCCAGCGCCGCAUGGCAGCGCCUCUGACAGGCGAUGGGCCGCCCGAGACGCACCAGGAGGCCGAGGCGCGCUCGAGCACCAACACGGUGCGGCAGCGCGCAGCCGACACGCUCCGAGGCUGGACGCAAGCCGCAAGUGGGCCUUCAGCGCCAAAGUGGCUGGCUUCUGCCAGAACAAGCAUGCGCUCUGUCUCGGCACCUCUGGCAUCGGCGCCUGCUGCGCUGUCGUCCUUGCCGCCUCCGCCAUCCGCGAUCGACGAGGAAGGCAGCGAGCCGGCGCUGUCGCCGCUGCGCAACACCCGCAGCGCGCUCACACGCUACGCUGAGGCGUUCCAGAGCAGCGAUGCCGCGGCCACUCUGUCGAAGGCGAGCACCAACUGGACAGCCAAGGCAAUGGCGACAUGGAGCGCUUCGCCGCGGUCUCGCGAUGCGUCGCCCGCGACUGAGACGCCACCGGCCAGCGCACGCUCGCUUGCCGGCCUUGGCUCGUCCUUCUUUCGCGCCAGAAGCGUCAGCAAUAGCACGGCCGCAUCGGCUUCAUCGCCGGUCCUCGGACCGAGCUCUACGAUCCAUCCCGCACUGCGCUGGUCGCGCGAGAUGCCGCAUCUGCCGGUGCCGAACGUGCUCGACAGCCCUGCCGGUCGCGAGGACUACACGUGGACCGGCAGCCUUGGCCGCAACUUUUCGCCCAGCAGUCCGAGCCUGCACGGCGUAGAUAGCCCGGCAGACAGCCCGAGUCUGGCGCCGUCGAGCCGCUUUCAGAACCUGCCGUCGCUCGCGAGCUCGCCAUCCGCUCAGGCUCGCGGCGCUUCGCGCAACGCAGGUCCGAAGCCCUUGCUGCUGACUCGCUCUGCGCGUCCGCCGCGCGAAGGCAGCUCUCCUGGCGAGCACUUGUCGGAGCCGAGCAGCCGCAAAGUCUCGAGCGGACCGAUGGCCAGUGCCAGUCCUCGUGGCGCUGCCGAUCGUGCGGCGCGCAUGGCUCGACGAGACAGCGCAUACAGCAGCUCGGUCGCCAGCGGCUACAGCUCGCGCCCAACAUCGGACGCCGGCGACGACUAUGCCUCUCGCCUCGCCGAGCCCGACGAUCCGCUCGACUCGUUGCCGCCGCUGCCCAGUCUGCUAGCUGGGCGCAGCGUGCCCAUGCCUGCGGGUAUGCCCUCCAGCGCUCCGCCUCUGGGCUACCAGGGCAGCGGCAACGGAACGGCUCCCGCAUCUGCGUUCGCUCGCCUGCGCGCCGUCAACGGGGCCGAUCACGCACCGCAGGCGUUGCCGUCGCGCAUGUCUGAUACGGGCAGCGUCAGCAGCGACGGACGUCCGCGCAGCGAGCGCGCCGACUCUCGUGCUGAGGCAGUGAUGCCAGCGCAGCUUGCAUUUGGCGACGCGUCGAGCAGCGCCGAUGCCCCUCUGGUCGCAGCGUCUACUCUGAUGCGCCCUCGAGCCACCCGGCGCCGCGAGAGCAACAGCUCGCAGGCAGGCUCCGGCUCGGUGACGAUCGCGAGCACCGCGACGUUCGCCGAUGGCAGCACGGAAGACGAGGCAGAGAGCAGCAUGCGGAGCACGCAGCGCCUGUCCAGCCGCAGCAGUGUCACGUCUGCGAGCUCGCGCCGACGCUCCAGCGGCCGAGGUGCCGAUGCAGACGGCCCGCGACCGCUGUCUCUUCACUCGACUGGCGAGGAGGUGCCGUCGCUGCGGCGCAAGUAUACCCUAGAAGACGCGCCGGUGCCGGCCAGCGUCAGCGAGGAGCCAGAGGUCCUCUCGCCCGAGUGGAGCGACAGCAUGCCGCUGCCCUCUCCGACGUACGCACCGGGCGACGCACCGCCGCCGUCGCGCUCGUCCAUCGUGCGCUCGAAGCGUGCGUACUCGGGCGUCAAGUCGCGCCGACAGAGCAGCGAGACGACGAAUGCGAACGGCGCGACGCGGACGACGAGCCGCUCUUCGCUGCGGUCGCGCCGGCGCUCGAGCGGCGGCCUGCUAGGUGCAAGCAUGGCAGCUAAUGGCGCUCUGGCGUCCGACUUCGACGCCUACCACCCUCCGCCGUCGCCGGGCGUGCAUGCUGGCGAGACCGUCUCGGCUGCCGAGCUCUUCGACGCGCUGGCCGUGUCGCAGCCCACCACUCCGGGCGAAGACGCGGCCGCAAAGCCGGCGAGCAACGCUCGCUCGUCGAAGGACGCGCUGAGCCUUCGCAACAUGCCCGCUCACCAUAUGGCCACCGACGCGUCCGAUGAAGAGACGUUUGGAGCGCCGCAGCUGCACGCAUACCCGCAAGACGGCACACAGACACCUGGCGCGGCGAUGGAGGCCAUCGGCAGCGCGCUCUUCAGAGGCACGCUCGAGGACUGACGCGGAUGUCCGGUUGAUGGCGUGCAAUUAGACUAGUGACUUUGCUUCAAUUACGAUGUUCACCGCCCGUUCGCGACGACAGUGCUGGCAGCACGAGGC